CUACCACCGCCCACAUAAACAGGACGGCAUCACUACUGGCCACUGGGGAAUACGACUGUAUACGAACCCUUCUGUCGUCGUUGUACCAAGAACCUUGUCUCGGGAUCGAUCAUACAGCUCGGCGGGUCACAGGCCUUCCGCGUCGUUCGACAGGGCAUCGGUCGACAAGACAACCACAGCGAGUGUCAACUGUGAUUCGUGGUCAAAGAUGGCGGAUGUGCUACUGCAGAAGGUCGGAAAGAGGAAGUGGAACUCGUUACCUGAUUCAGUUUUCCAACUAGUCCUCGAACACUUGCUCGAUGACUACCGCCAUGCGGGACCGCCGAAACAGUACGGAGGCCCUUACUUUCUGAAACGUUCUCAAGAUAAUCCUGGAGAUCCCGCCGUUGAAGUGCUUUACCAUAUGAUGUGCUUCGCCCGUAAACUAGAAGACUUGCGCCAGGUGAGCGCCAAGUGGGAAAUCAUCGUGGAGAAUCACGUCUUCUGGAGCGAGCUUGCUAUAUGGAUUAGCGGGGAACAUUCCCCCGUCAACCCAAAGGACGCCAGCCUCCGGAACAGGGAUCUGGCUUAUUCUUACUGCUGGAUUUGCGCCUUGUAUCAGAGCGCACAGCCCUCUCGGGCUACCGCUGCAGCGACGGCCAAGAGGCGAAAGCCAGCAUCGAUGCAAUGGUAUCAACAAUUCUGCACUCUCGGUUGGAUACCAGUCUGCCUAAACCACAAUGAAGAUAUCUGCCAGAGCUGCUGCAGAUCGGCAGAUGCGUAUCAAGAGGAUCUCGGCCUGGCAGAUACAGACGAUCAGGAGACUUUUGGCUGCAGAAAGAUCGACACUUGCGAAGAUUGUCGGACCAUCGCGCUGUACGACACGCAGGGGAAGGACUGUGUCGAAGAUUUCCAAGAAUCUCGAGUAGCCGAGGAAUACGUCGUCAUGGCCCUGGGCACGGCGAGGGUAGCAGGAGAGGCGCUGAAGGAAGCGGAGUGGCUGAAUAAACACUCGAGGUUUCAAGAGAUCCUCAGCGAACUUGACGAAUAUCAUGGAUGGAAAGCGUGGAAGCGAUCCUAUCGCUAUAAGGACAGGUUGCGAGGUUCGACAAUCAACGAGGCGGAAUGGGUCAAUUCGCGUGGCUUCACCGAAAAGCAAAUAGAUUUGGCGAUCGAGGAGCUGGUCGUGGAAACAGCGGUAGAACUGGUAGCGAGCGGUGUCUGGGUAGCCCCAGAGGAAAGUGACACUCCUCAUACAACCCCCGGAUUUACGACUACGUUUCGUACAUACGCACCGCUCUCGCCACUAUUUACCCCCAACCAGCCGCAAUCAAAGGCUUACCACCUCUCUGAAAGUCUUGCCUGGGCAAAUGCGCCUUCAGCUCUACUUUGGCGCUUUAGAAUGACGAUCUACCAGAAGCUCCGGGAGAACCUGCCUUCGCUUCUGCGAAACGUCGAACGGAUGCUGAUCGAUCGUUGUGGAGGGGAUGUGGUGGUUGCGGGCAGACAGGCGGAACAUAUGCCGGAUUGGGAAUUAAUCGCUUGGUUGAGUGAUCCCCGGAUCCAUGUGAAAGGUUGGUGGAAAGGGUCGGCUGGUCAGGCGGCGGCUUUGAACCCAGAGGUAGCUGCUGGUCAAGUCCCAGAUAGAAAAAGGCCUCGUUCUUCCGAGGACGACGAGCAAGGGCCCUUGCGCAAAGAACGCAAACUGGACCCCACCUCUUCUGGACCUGAGCCUGCCUACGAAAGCGGUCAAAUACAUGUCUCGCACGUCCCAAGUCAGCGACCGUACGAACUUCCCAAAGCGACGAUCGACCAGGCCGACCUGGAAAGGUGGCGGCAUAUGCAGUACAGCUUCCCAAAAAAACUCAAAUGGGUUCCUGCCGAAAAACAGCAAAUAUCCCGUUCGAUCAUGAACGUCAUCAGGAGCGCCUGGCACUACGCCACUGAGGAGAUUCGUCGGUGCCGCUGCAGCGUGUGCGUGCGACACAUGCAGAGAGAGCUUCUAGAGGAGCAGAAACGCGCCGCAGAGAAAGCGGCGCUGCGAGAGAUGGAUAGAAUCAAGGAGGAACAGUUGGCCCAGCUCAAAAUGUUGGUCUCGGCACAGCUGGAAAAGCGACCAGGUCUCGCUACCCCUCUGACCACCGACGAGCCGGACGACCUGUUGGCCGAUGAAAAAUACCUCGACGAAUUGACUUGUAUGGACGACACUGAUUACGACCAGGACUCGUACAGCGAUGAACUGGACGAGGAAACCUGAUACGACCCUUGCUGAAUGAAUGUUGAGGCUACUUAUGUUACGAACAGAUAUAUAGACGGGCUUGUUUUAAUGCACAGCGCUAGCACGACGGCGAGAAAUGACCAGA